AGACAGGAACACAGCGAAGGGCCUUGGCCUCGCAGGGGAUUUCAAAGGUCUGGGGCUGGUUCCUGCCACUGUCAGGACCAAGGGAAAUGAUCUGCUUUGCCCUGCAGAUGCUAGAUUGAGUUCCAGGACAAGUGCGGUCAUAAAAAUAGCUCAGGCUUACUUCUUCGACCCCAUUUAAUUGGACAAACACUACCGGGCAGCUAUGUCAGACGCUUUGAGAGGGAGUUCAUGCUGUACACCACACUGGCCUCCAAGAGGACUUUAGACAGCUCUGGAUCUUGCAGAAACAGUUCCCCAAACUGCCCUGUAUUUUCAACAAAAUUAAUUGAGCUGUCUUGCUAAUGAACAUGCAGGCCUGUUUAGAGAAUGUAAAUCAGCUGGCAAGACACCUGCCAAGUCAAGUGUGUUAUCCUAAUGUAAUGGGUGACUCAAUACACAUUCCUAUGCUGGAGAUUUAAAUAAUCCCUUAGAGCACUGCUGAGAGCACCAGAGGCUUUGGCAGACAGAGGAAAACCUACCAAAGAGGAUGAACAAGCUGCAGAGACUGCUUCAGAGCAGGAUCCUGAUCCUGACGGUAUGUGCCGCUGGGAUUGGAGGCACUUUCCAAUACGGUUACAACAUCUCCAUCAUCAAUGCUCCAACUUCAUACAUCCAGGUGUUCAUGAACAAAACCUGGCAGGAGCGCACGGGCAUUCCCCUGGAGGACAACAUGAUCCUGCUACUCUGGUCUUUCACCGUCUCUGCGUUCCCUCUGGGGGGACUCGCCGGGGCUGUUGUUGCUGGUCCCAUGGCCAUCGUGUUGGGAAGGAAGAUGUCCCUGCUGGUUAACAACGUCUUUGUGAUCAUAGCCGCCGUCUUGUCGGGAUUCAGCCAAAUGGCCAAAUCCUUUGAAAUGAUAAUGCUCAGCAGAUUCUUCACUGGCGUGAAUGCAGGUGUAAGCAUGAACAUUCAGCCCAUGUAUCUGGCGGAAAGUGCCCCAAAGAAGCUCCGAGGAGCUGUGGCCUUGACCUCCGCAUCCUUUACAGCCCUGGGGUUGGUGCUGGGGCAGGUUGUUGGACUCAGAGAGCUCCUAGGAGGGGAGGAGAGCUGGCCACUUCUUUUAGCUAGCAAUGCGGUGCCUGCCCUGAUCCAGUUCGUGGCUCUGCCUUGGUUUCCUGAAAGUCCCAGAUACCUCUUGAUUGACCGUGGAGAUAGAGAAUCCUGCAUCUCUGCCCUGCAGAAGCUCAGAGGCAACAGCGACCUGGGAGCGGAGCUGGAAGAGAUGCUGGCUGAACAGGCCGCUGCUAAAGGUCAGAGGGCGAAGAAGCCCUGGGAGCUGUUCCAAAACCCAGCUGUGAGGUGGCAGCUGAUGAGCAUCAUCGUGCUGAGCAGUGCCAUGCAGCUCUGUGGGAACGAUUCGAUGUAUUUCUAUGCAGCUUAUGUGUUCCAGGAGGCUGGAAUUCCUCAGGAUAAAAUCCCGUAUGUUGUUAUCGGCAUGGGGAGCUGUGAACUGAUCACAUCCGUUACUUGUAACAUGAUUAUAGACUAUGCUGGUCGGAGGCCACUGCUGCUGGGGGGCUAUAUCUUCAUGGCAGGAUGGGCCAUUGUCUUCAUGGUCGCCCUAAGCCAACAGGUUUUCCGUUGUUCCCUGUGGCUGGAGACUCGGAUCAGCUGGAUGCCCUAUCUCAGCAUGGCCUGCAUUUUUGCCUACAUCCUGAGCUUUGGAAUUGGACCAGCUGGUGUAACAGGAGUUCUGCCCACGGAGGUUUUUGACCAAAUGUCCCGGCCAGCUGCUUACAUGAUCUGCGGCUCCCUGCUCUGGUUCAACCUCUUUCUGGUCGGAACAGCCUUCCCAUUCAUCGUGAAAAGUCUAGCACAUUUCUGCUACGUCCCCUUCCUUGCGGUCUGCGUCUGCACUGCUCUCUACAUCGGGCUCUUCCUUCCCGAGACAAAGGGGAAGUCCUUCCUGGAAAUCUCGGAGGAGUUCAGGAAACGGAACUUCAAAGCUCAGAGCCAUGCAGCUUUGUAUAAAGGCCCCGAGGAGAUCAAAUCCACCGUGUUGUAACAGAGGGAAGGAGAACGGCACCUGGGGGAAGUUCAGCAGUGGCUAUGUUCUCUUGCAGGGACAUGGAGAGAGGACGAGGGUUAGGGAGAAUAUAUUACUCUUAGGUUCACCUUGGAAAGAUUUUAGGGCAAGGCAGAAAACGCAGCCGUUAGGUCCAAAUUACUUAUUUACUUUGUUUGUCAAACUUCCCCUAAGCCACCAUUUGUUCUCCCUUCCUGCCUGCAACACUAACACGGACUUGGCCUUUGUCAGCUCUGGGGACGAUAUCAGUGACUGUCUUCCUGAAAAACCAGCUGGAAGUUUCUUGUUAAAAACAGUCCAUGGGUGACACGAUGGUUCCACUUAAAUACUUUCAAACAGGUAAAUCAGAGAAACACCUGACGGCAGCAUAAUACAGAUAGGCAAGGGAUCUGAGCACUUUUCUCUAGGACAUAGUAGAUGUUAUGAGCUGUAGUGAGCCGCCUCUCACCUGCUGAAUGCUCUAACACCUGAUAAACUAUUUUCUUACUACACAGCUUAAAAAAUAGUCCUGCUGCUCACUUCCAUGAGUGGAAAUGCAAAGUCCUCGCUUCCAGCCAACACUGAGACUCAGGCCAUGCUGCCAGGUACCUAAAUACUGAAUUAGGUUACUGGGUUUAGGUAUUGAAAUCUGGAAUUUGGCCCCAGAGGCUGAGUUUAAGAUGGGCCUUGAUUAAAUAACAACAACAACAACAACAACAAUAAUAAUAAUAAGGAAUGAAAAAAUAGAUUCCCUCCUUUCCCAGGUUCUUGGAUAAAUGCAUACACCCACUGAAGGGUCCAUAGUUAGCAGCCAAAGCAUAUCAGCCUGCCACACACCACCAGAUCUUUGCUUAUACAGAAUUUGUGCUGUUGCUGCUUAUGGAAAGCAGAUUUAUAAUAUACAUCAACUAAUAAAUCUCCCCAAAUGUUUAGAAAUCUA